AUGUCAACGUCCAGUACCUCAGCGGCUCAGACCGGCCAUCCUGAGCUUGUGUAUCGGUCUCUCCCUAUUCUCGCCAGCUACCUCGUUCUCGCCGGCUCUCUAGCCUUGAAUGCCAGCCGCACCAUUUUCAUUCGGUAUCAGGCGCGAUUGAAGAAAAACGACUGGGAAAAUCCUCAGCGACGCGUUCAAUUCCUGUUGUUCGCCAUUCUGGCAGCUCUGAGCCUUGGGGCGACUUGGUAUUACAUGUUUGCGUUCUUUGCGCAUUCAUAUCGCAAUUGGGAGGCGAGUCAGUCUCUAGUGGACCUAGCGGACCCGGAGAUUACGACUUUGUUUAAAUUGGAGCUCUGGUUGCAGAAAGCGAAAUUGUUCCGUGAAGCUUGGGAGACGGUCAUCGAGACGCCUGCCCGGUUUUGGUGGAGCGGUCAGAUCUUUUUGUGGACGACGGGAUGGAGUGUUUUUCUCGGUAUUAUGGCCCGGCGAUACCGCAUCCCCCAUGUUUGGGCAUAUAUGCUUCUGGGCCAAAUUGUCGCCAUUUCGCUCGCUCAGAACCUGUUCUUUGCUACAAUUCUCGUGUCGCGACAGCCGCACCCGACCGAGGGUACCAAGAAGAACAAGAGCAAUGCUCAAGAUUCUAUCUCGGCGUGGUCGCCACCAUUGUACUCGGAAGUUCUACCGGUCGCCAUCUCUCUCAUCAGUACCGUUCUGGUCCCGACGGUUGCGCAUACCAAGCACUUCAUGCUGAUGCUGUUGGUACCCCAUCUUCUGCUUUUCGUCCCUGCCAUUCUGCGCCCAGGUCAAUCCUCGCGCGCCAAGAAUUCCAGUGAAGAGAGAACCGUUCGGAAAUAUAUCACGUUUUUCCAGUGGUAUACCAUGGCUUGCGUGGCUAUCCAGGCUCAUUCUACGUUCCUGGUGUUGCAAGAUAUGGGGCUAGACAUCAGUAUUGAGUCAUUGCGUGUCUUGGCCACGAACUUGCCAAGCGUGAUAUACGAGCACCCAGCCGUUAGUAGUGUCAGUUGGGAUGUGAUUUAUUGCACCGUUACGGCAGGGGCAUGGAUUGCUGUGAAUGGUGGAAGUCCUAAACGGAUGCUUGGGCAGUGA